CUCGCGAUAAGUGGAUCCAGCGCGAGAGCUCGGGUCGGCUGCAUGUAAACAAACAGGAGCUGGCCGGAGUGAAAUCAUUAAGAUUUCAGGCAGUUAAAGGAUAAUCUGGAGUGAUUUUCCGGUGCGAUCUGGUGGAGGAGAUUAACGGCAGAUAAUCUCAGCUGUAACGGAGGCAGCCUCUGCAAUGUCCGUCCUCAUCCACACUCGCGGCGAGGCCGGCGGUGGCGUGGCGGCCCAUCUCCAGUGCCCCAUCUGCGGCCAUUUCUCCAAGAGCCACGCCCACCAGCUGACCCACAUGGCGGCAUCUCAUCCCGCCUCCCUGGACGGCGUGGCGGUGGGUCGCCUCGGCAACAUCGUGAUGUAUCAGAGCACGGCCCGCCUAUUCCACUGCUCCGACUGCUUCUUCACCACCCGAGACUUCACCAAGCUGUACAAGCACAUCAUCGCCAAACACUGCGUGGACGAGAGGGAGGGCGGCGGGGAUGAGGAGAAGGAGCGAGGGAAAAAUAAAGUGAAGAGUGAGGUCGAGGAGGUUGAGGAGGUGGAGGAGGCGAGGCCGGUCAAAGCGGACGGCGAAGGAGACGAGAGCGUCCUGAUGUUCGAUGGCGCCGGCUACCACUGCCUGAUCUGCGGCUGGAAGACCAAGCUGAAAGCCAUGGGCGUCAACCACGUGGUGAGGAAGCAUGACAUCCCCAAAGCGUACGCCGCCCAGGCCGUCAGACGGGAUGCCGUCGCCGCAAACACGCCCAAGCAGGCUCAGAGCAGCGGCGGGGCAGAGGAGGACGAGGCGGCGGCCGGGCUUAGCGGCGAGCUCCUGAAGGAGGAGAUGGAGGCCACGGCCAAAGUGGUGCGCUUCAUCUCCAACCGCUUCGUGUGUCUGAUCUGCGGCUGGAAGACCAAACUGAAAGGUUUCGCCAUCAGCCACGUGGUGCGCAGCCACGACGUGGAGCGUCCGUACGGCUGCAAAGACUGCAAGCGCUCCUUCUUCCUGCCCAGCCGGCUGCAGCAGCACGUCAGGGCGUCCCACCGGCCCGGGCGCUACGCCUGCCCCUUCUGCUGCUUUAGGUCGCACUUCCUGGGCGGGUUCAGGAGACACUGCAGCCGCUGCAACGCCCGGGAGGAGGAGAACGAAGCGGGA